AAUUCCGCCAAAUAAAUAAGUCGCGUUUACGAGAGACUGGAACUAGUGCGCAUGUGCAGUAGAUGUUCAUUCUUUUUCUUCCGACAUGGGUUUUGAGAAGGUAACGUGUUGCCUCGAACGUGAAAAUAUUUUCAUUUUACUCCCUCUCUGAGACGAUUUUUGAUGAUAUUUUAACUGGAUAACUAACAAAUUAAAGUUAUCAAACUACCAAUGCAUUUAGUUGCCCAGUUAAACAUGAUUAUUCUAGAGAUUUAGAGCACUAUAAUUCUAUAUUAAAUCCUUGACUUUAUAGUACACGAGGUUUUGUUUAGUCGAAUUGCUCAGAAUUUCUAUGAAUAAGCGUAUUUUUUAAUAAUAUUAUGUGUUAUUGAUUGCAAUAUGCUAUCAUGAAAGAAUUCAAUUGCAUAUGCACCAUAUUGUGAAGUAUAAAAAUAGCAAAAUUAAACAUCCAUUCUCCAUAUGUUUAUAUCAGAUGAUAUUCAGUGUUGUUUCAAUACUCCAAAAGCCUGAUGAACAAAGUCUAAAUACUAACCCGUAGAAACAUAAUAAUGUAUUACAUAUUAGCAGGGUGUCCACAGGCCUUGAAAAAUUAUCCUGGAAAGUCCUUGAAUUGAAAAAAUUCCAGGACUAGAAAGUACUUGAAAAUCAGUUUAGAAGUCCUUGAAAGUCCUGGAAUUAAUUUCCUUAACCUCCAGCUCUGCCAACAUUAGUGAUUUCGAUUAAAAUUACUGAAUAAAGUGAAUUAUUUACAGCAAAUCCGUGCCAUUUUCAAAGAUUUUUCCCAGUUCUAGGUCCUUGAAUUUACUGAAAAAGGGCCUUGAAAAUCCUGGAAAAGUCCUUGAAUUUCACCUUCACCAAAGGGUGGACACCCUGUAUCAGACAUAAUAAUGUAGGGUGCGUCAGGGAGCAUUGCCACAUAAAGGGUUAACAGUUUGAUUAUCCCAGCAAGUGGCAGCUUUCCCCUCGAUGAGUAAGAUCAUCUGGAGGCAGUUGUUCAAAAACGGGUUAGCUUAACCCUGGGUUAAUGUUGAAAUUCAAAGAAUACUUCCAGCAGCUUAAACUUGGAAAUAUUUUUUCAGAACAGAAUGUAUAGAUAAAUCAAAACAAUGCCUUAAAUUUAACUCAUAGUUGGUGCUAAUUUGAAUAAUAGCCCCCUGAGGUUAAACAGAGUAAAAUAUUGAAGUAGGUGCAUUGCCACUUAAAGGGUUAAAUUAUUGAACUUGAGUUGCUAUAUAAAAUUGUAUUAAAUUUUACAGCAAAUAACGAUUGAUGCUUCAGGACAUCUGUUGGGGCGUCUUGCCUCUACAGUUGCGAAGUCUAUCUUGUCUGGUGAGUACUGAACAUAGUGCUUUGUUUCAUUCAAUCUUUGUUUCAUUCAAUCUUUGUUUCAUUUAAGGCAUAGUGCAAAAUCUUUGUUUCAUUCAAGGCAUAGUGAAAUGUUAAGUGUAAUAUUAUAUUUCUAUACCUCACCAAAGGCCAACGAAUUGUGGUAGUACGAUGUGAACAGAUAAACAUCAGUGGGAACUUCUACAGAAACAAGCGUAAGUAAAUGGUAACUUGAACAGUCUGCCAGUGUAGGCAGUGCAAAAACACUGGAAAACUGCAGAUUGAGAGGGAUUCAACACCUGAAAAAUACAAGGAAAACCUCAAUGUUUUGAGCCCUUUACUUGUAUUUUCAGGUAGCUGAAUCGCUAUCAAUCCGAGGUUUUCUAAGGCCUAAGUAAAUGGCAUCCUAUUAGAUAAUCACUCUUAAUUUAUGUCUAAUAUGAUGAAUAAUUAGUUCUAAUUAUCUAUUGAUUCUGAUUUCAUUUAGUGAAAUAUUUGGAUUUUCUGCGUAAAAGAAUGAACACAAAGCCAUCUCGUGGUCCGUUUCAUUUCCGUGCACCUAGCAAAAUUUUCUGGCGAACAGUUAGAGGUAUACUGCAUUAUCACUUGUAGAUUUCUGUUGGGUUUGAUUACCUCUGGGGCCUUUGUUGUGGGUGAUAACUUGGCUUUCGGUGUCAUAAUCUCUUAAUAAAACCCUAAAAUUCACCCUAACCCUGCAACAAAUGCCUUCGAGUUAGUCUAACUGAUUUGUGUUUAAUUAAAUGUAAUAUUCAUUUUUUAAUUUAAUAAUUUUUUCUUACUUUAAUUAAUAAUGUUUAAUAAUGUUUUCUUAAUAAUAUUUCAUCUGUUUGUUCUUUUAUUAGGAAUGGUACCUCAUAAAACAAAGCGAGGUAUGGAGGCCAUGAAUCGUUUGAAAGUCUUUGAUGGAGUCCCCCCUCCUUAUGACAAGGUAACUACAUUUUGGAUUGGGCACUACUUUGGCUGUUCAAACUUGUAUGCCUGUAUUAAGACAUUCUAAGUAUGGCUGUGACUAUCUUGAACUUAGUUGGUGCAAGAUUUUAAUGAAGCCAUUUUUAUCGUAGGUGAAACGAAUGGUGGUCCCAUCAGCUUUGAGGGUGAUACGAUUGAAACCUGGUCGAAGGGUAACACUAAACUUGAUUAUUAAUCAUCAUUAUUUUUUUAAAUUAAAAGAUUAUUUAUAUUGUAUACUGUGUUUUGUUCUUUUACAGUUUUGUGUAUUAGGCAGACUUUCUCACGAAGUUGGCUGGAAAUAUAAGGUUUGUUAUUAUGAUUAACCCAUUGUGUACUAGAACUCUCCCCUUACAAGUGAAAUUGUUUGGUAUUAGAGUCAAAGAGUAAAGUAGGGCACACUGUGGUGCAGCAUAAAUGAAUGAGUUAAUAAUAAUAAACAGUAAAUUUACAUUAUUCUUAAUGUUCAGUUUUUUUCAUGUACUUUCUUUUUUGUCAGGAUGUGAUUAAGACACUUGAAGAGAAACGCAAAGCCAAGUCAGCUGUGUACUUUGAGCAGAAGAAGAAGCUGCUAGUAAGUCUACAUAUAACAGUGUGUAAUAAUUCAAGAUUUUUAGGUGUACUUCAAUGAUUACUACCACGUAAUAUGUUUUUGUUGUUUCCUCACAGAAACUCAGAGCACAAGCAGCAAGUAACAAGAAUGUGUGAUGUCAGUCAAGUGAACUUAAUAAAUAAUAUCAGUGAAUACUGUUUUUGUUGUGUUUUGUUC